AGGGGUCCCGUCAUGGCGGGGGCCGGAGCCGGGACGAGUCCGCGAGAGAAGCGCUCCACGGCGGCGCGCCUGAAAGCUGCUCUGGGCGGCUGCAGCAGCAGCAACGGCGGCGGCUCGGGCGUGGAGGAGAGCGAGGCCAGCGCGGAGCUGCAGGCGCUGCUGGAGCGGGUGCUGCGGCCGGCGCCGGGCGGCGAGGCGGUGUCGGAGGCGUUGGCUUGGUGCCGCUGCCUGCUGGCGGGCGGCGAGCCGUGGGAGGGCUUCGUGCAGGCGGUGAGGGCCUACGACCCGGCCACCCUCUGCGGCCUGGUGUGGACGGCCAACUUCGUGGCCUACCGCUGCAGGACUUGCGGCAUCUCGCCCUGCAUGAGCCUCUGCGCCGAGUGCUUCCACCAAGGCGAGCACGCCGGCCACGACUACAACAUGUUCCGCAGCCAGGCCGGGGGCGCCUGCGACUGCGGCGACGGCAACGUCAUGCGGGAAGCCGGGUUUUGCAAAAGGCAUCGAAUAAAAUCAAGCUCAGAAGUUCCAUCUGUUCCGAAAGACCUGCUGAUAAUGUCUGAACUGGUUCUUCCACAAUUCAUUUUCUGUCUUAUUCAGUACUUAAGGGAAGGCUAUAGUGAACCAGUUCUUGAUCUACCAACAGAAAAAGACAGUCAGAAAGUCAUGAAAGUGCUUCAGACAUUGGAACCACACAUUUCAUUUCUGGAAGAUCUGACAAAAAUGGGAGGAGCAAUGCGUUCAGUCCUUACUCAGGUUUUGACAAAUCAGCAGUUCUAUAAAGAUCUCAGCUCUGGUGGUGGAGAAAAUGCUUGUGCAAAGAAAAGCCAUGAGAAAUACCUUAUAGCACUGAAGGGUUCUGGACUGACAUUCCCUGAAGAUAAACUUGCCUGCGGAGUGCAGGAACAAGCUGCUGGGGCCAGCACUUCAGCAGUUCAAGGUUGUGCAGGUGCCACACCCUCUUCAGGGCAAGGUGAUUCUUCAGAUGAGGAGGACCAAGAUGGUAGCCAAGGUGUGGGAAAGCGCAAAAGGGUGAAACUGAGCAGCACCACCAAAGAUCAAUCCAUCAUGGAUGUUUUGAAGCAUAAAUGUUUCCUAGAAGAAUUAUUGUUUUGGACAAUAAAAUAUGAAUUUCCCCAGCAGAUGGUGACUUUCUUACUCAACAUGCUUCCAGAUCAAGAUUAUAAGAUCGCUUUCACAAAAACCUUUGUGCAGCAUUAUGCUUUUAUCAUGAAAACCCUGAAGAAAAGCCAUGAGUCCGACACGAUGUCCAACAGAAUUGUACACAUCAGUGUCCAGCUGUUCAGCAACGAGGAACUGGCACGGCAGGUGACAGAAGAAUGUCAGCUCCUCGAUAUUAUGGUUACUGUCCUGCUGUAUAUGAUGGAGAGCUGCCUUAUUAAAAGCGAGCUGCAAGACGAAGAAAACAGUUUACAUGUAGUAGUGAACUGUGGAGAGGCUCUACUGAAGAACAAUACCUACUGGCCACUUGUCAGUGACUUUAUUAAUAUCCUUUCACACCAAAGUGUGGCAAAGAAAUUUUUGGAGGAUCAUAGGCUAUUAGUAAUGUGGAUGAACUUUGUAUCAUUUUUUCAAGGUAUGAACUUAAACAAGAGAGAACUUAAUGAACAUGUUGAGUUUGAAUCCCAAACUUAUUACGCUGCUUUUGCUGCUGAGCUCGAGGCCUGUGCCCAGCCAAUGUGGGGGCUGCUGUCCCACUGCAAAGUCAGGGAGACACAGGAGUACACACGAAAUGUUGUUAGAUAUUGCCUAGAAGCACUUCAAGAUUGGUUUGAUGCCAUCAACUUUGUGGACGAGCCUACUCCGAAUCAAGUCACUUUUCAUCUACCACUGCAUCGUUACUAUGCUAUGUUUCUGAGUAAGGCUGUUAAAUGUCAAGAAGUAGAUCUGGAUUCCCUUCUCCCAGACCAGGAGAUGCUGAUGAAGUUAAUGGUUCACCCACUUCAAAUUCAGGCCAGUCUCUCUGAAAUCCAUAGUAACAUGUGGGUGAGAAAUGGCCUGCAGAUUAAAGGACAAGCUAUGACCUAUGUGCAGUCUCACUUUUGUAACUCUAUGAUUGAUCCGGACAUUUACCUAUUACAGGUCUGCGCUUCUAGACUUGACCCAGAUUAUUUUAUUUCCUCAGUCUUUGAAAGGUUCAAGGUGGUCGAUCUCCUAACAAUGGCUUCUCAGCAUCAGAAUACAGUGCUAGAUGCAGAGCAUGAGAGAUCAAUGUUAGAAGGGGCCCUAACAUUUCUUGUAAUUCUCUUAAGUCUCCGUUUACAUUUAGGCAUGACCGACGAUGAGAUCCUGAGAGCUGAGAUGGUUGCUCAGCUGUGUAUGAACGACAGGACACACAGUUCACUAUUGGACCUCAUUCCAGAAAACCCUAAUCCUAAAAGUGGUAUUGUUCCUGGAAGUUUAAGCUUUGAAUCAAUGUUGUCAGCUGUGGCUGAUUUCAAAGCUCCUGUAUUUGAACCUGGGGGCUCCAUGCAACAAGGAAUGUAUACGCCUAAAGCUGAAGUUUGGGAUAAGGAAUUUGACCCCGUCAUGGUAAUCCUUCGCACUGUUUAUCGUAGAGAUGUACAGUCUGCCAUGGACCGAUACACAGCAUUUUUAAAGCAGAGUGGAAAAUUUCACGGGAACCCCUGGCCUCCAUACAAGAAAAGAACUCAUUUGCACCCAAGCUAUAAAGGACUCCUGAGGCUCUUGCACUGCAAAACUUUACACAUUGUGUUGUUCACUCUACUUUACAAGAUAUUAAUGGAUCAUCAAAACUUAUCAGAACAUGUUCUUUGCAUGGUAUUAUAUUUGAUUGAACUGGGACUAGAGAACUCUUCUGAGCAAGAGUCUGAUGAAGAAGAUUCUGUGGGAGGACAGGAACGCUGCCAUGAUAGCUGGUUCCCAGGGAAUAACUUGGUGUCAAACAUGCGCCAUUUUAUUAACUAUGUCCGUGUAAGAGUACCAGAGACAGCUCCAGAGGUGAAAAGAGAACCACCUGCAAGUACAAGCGCUGAUGGUUUUGCUGCUUCUCAGAAUUCAGGAACAGCUCAAGUAUUCAGCUUGGUGGCGGAGCGUAGAAAGAAAUUCCAGGAAAUCAUCAAUCGCAAUACCAGCGAAGCCAGUCAGGCAGUCCGACCCAAGACUUCCAUGAAAUGGUCAGCUCCAGGCACAACGCCUCAGCUAACAAACGCUAUCCUGGAGGUCAAGGAAAGCAUCUUGUCUCUGCUGGUUAAGCUUCACCAUAAGCUGUCAGGAAAGCAAAACUCUUACUAUCCUCCUUGGUUGGAUGACAUGGAACCAUUACUCCCACAAGAAAACCCUAAGUAUUUUCACGGGGAUGGAAUGACAGCUGUAGAAAGGAUAUUAUUGAAAGCUGCACUUCAAAGCAGAUUAAACAAACGUAUCAUUGAGGAAAUAUGUAGAAAAGUGACUCCGCCUGUUCCCCCCAAAAAGAUUAGUCCUGCAGAGAAGAAGACCUUGGACAAAGAAGAAAGACGACAGAAGGCUAGGGAGAGGCAACAGAAGUUGUUAGCUGAAUUUGCCUCAAGACAGAAAAGCUUUAUGGAAACUGCCAUGGAUGUUGAAUCACCGGAUACAGAUAUUGCUAUGGAGAUAACAACAUCGGAACAGCAUGUUACAGAAGCCAUGUAUGAUUGUGUGAUUUGUGGCCAGAGUGGCCCUUCUACUGAAGAUCGACCAGCAGGAUUGGUUGUGCUCUUACAGGCGUCUUCAGUUUUGGGGCAAUGCCGUAAUAGUACUGAGCCUAAGAAGCUGCCAACUUCGGAAAAGGAGCAGAUUUAUGCUCGGGAUACGUGCGCAGCUGUCUAUGAAGAACGACUUGCAACUUUACAAAAGUUCUUCAAAGAUAGUUCCUGUCUGCAGUCAGUAUCAAUUGGCUGGGAAGGAGGUGUGUAUGUACAAACCUGUGGACAUACAUUGCACAUAGAUUGUCAUAAAUCCUACAUGGAAUCAUUACGGAAUGAUCAAGUCCUCCAGGGAUUUUCGGUGGACAAAGGAGAAUUUACUUGUCCUUUAUGCAGGCAGUUUGCUAACAGCGUCCUCCCAUGUUAUCCUGGCAACAAUGUGGAGCGAAGCCUUUGGCAAUGUCACACUAAUAAGACAAUGCAAGAUCUCAUAAAGGAGGUGGAAGAGCUUCAAGAACAGCUGGGAACUUUCCCAUCAGAAACCAACUUAAGCAAGGAAAUGGAGUCUGUGAUGAAGGAUAUCAAAAGCACUACCCAGAAAAAAUACACUGACUACAGCAAGACUCCUGGAUCACCAGACAAUGAUUUUCUUUUCAUGUAUUCUGUAGCCAGGACAAAUUUGGAGCUCGAACUGGUACAUCGGGGAGGCAAUCUCUGUCAAGGAGGUGCAAGCACCGCUGGAAAGAGAUCAUGUUUACAUCAGCUGUUUCAUGUGUUGGCUAUGCACAUGCGACUCUACAGCAUUGAUUCUGCUUACAACCCAUGGAAGAAGCUAACACAGUUGAUGGAAGACAAGAAUUUGCAGAUGUGUGGUGAAGAUCAACCAGAGGUUCCAGUGCUUUACAGAGAUGUAUUAUCUCUUUUGCUUAUCCAGAUUUUGACCAUGCCACAGCCAUUGCACAAAGAACACUUUACCUGUAUCAUAAAGGUGCUUUUCACAUUAUUGUAUAUACAAGCCCUCGUUGCACUUUCUGUUAAAGGCAGCACUGAUGACAGGACAGCUUGGAUGAACUCAGGAGCUUUGAAAAAGAAUAUGUCCAAUGCAAAAACAUCUCAUGAAGCAUUGCUGAGUCAUGCGAUUAGCGAACUCUCCAAAGGGAAGGUGUAUGAUCAAGAGGAGGCUGAAGAUCUAUCUAUGGAUAGCAAUAGUACUUGGUGUCCACACUCCAUAGAGACUUAUUUGCAGCAGUUCUGCCUGCCUUUCCUCAGGAUAACUAGCCUUCUUCAGCACCAUCUGUUUGGAGGAGAGUUACCCAGCUGUCAGGAAGAUGAGGAGUUCACGGUUCUUGCCAACUGCCUGGGCCUGUUGCCGUCAUCUUUUCAGUCCUCGCAUCAGUUUUCCAGUGCCUCAUGUCUGGAUUGGCCUGUGCCAGCCUUUGACAUAAUAUCCCAGUGGUGCUCAGAGCUGGUUUCAUUUGCUGAGAAACAUCCAAAACAAGUAAAGAUUUUAUCUUUGCAGGAAUCCAAAUGGGACUUACCACGCCUUCUACAAUUGCCUGAAAAUUACAAUACUAUUUUCCAGUACUAUCACAGAAAGAGUUGUUCUGUCUGUACUAAGGUCCCCAAAGAUCCAGCUGUCUGUCUAAUUUGUGGCACUUUUGUGUGCUUGAAAGGACCUUGCUGCAAACAACAGAGCUACUGUGAAUGUGUGUUGCACUCACAAAACUGUGGCGCUGGAACGGGCAUAUUCCUUUUGAUCAAUGCCUCUGUAAUCAUCAUCAUUCGUGGUCACCGGUUUUGCAUUUGGGGUUCUGUUUACCUGGAUGCACAUGGUGAAGAGGACCGAGAUCUCAGGCGUGGGAAGCCUCUCUAUAUAUGUAAGGAAAGAUACAAAGUACUCGAGCAGCAGUGGAUUUCUCAUACCUUUGACCACAUCAACAAAAGAUGGGGGCCACAUUACAACGCUCUGUAGAUCACUACCCAUCACCUGCACUCUCACAUCGCCUUUACAGUGAAUGCCACUUUGGCCAGCUUUAGCUUUAAGGGAACGGGAAUGUGGUGGCUUCACUGGGGAAAAGGAGUGAAGCCAUGUCUUCCUGUGAAAGCCCUGGGUUUGAAAGGUGCUGGUAAGAAGAGAUUUAGCAGUGGCGAAAAGAACGCAAAAUGAAUCAGAGCUGGUUAAAUUGAGAGCAAAAUCUACAUUCAUUUGUCCAGCUAUUGCUUUUUAAUCCAUUAGUAGACAAGCACAAAUCAUACUUUUAAAAAACAGUGCCAGUACCUGGCUAUUGAGCAUUUAUUUUUCGCUGAUCGCGUUUAUGCUGAAAACACUGUAUGGGUGUAGUUACCUUUCUUAAACAUAUUGCUUUCCCCCGCCCUUUUGCCUUUUUGUGUGUGUUGCUUUAAAUUUUUGCUUGAUAUGUAUUUGUAAGUAUGCAAGAGUUGUAACACCAUUUUUUUGUUUUGUUUUUCUGAGAUUGUAUAGAAAAAAAUAGUCUAAAAGAUUUUUAGAGAAUAUUUCGCUUAUUGCCGGAGAGCGAUUUGAAAUAGUUUCAGGCAUUGCUGAAAAAAAAAAAAACUUAUUCAUUCUCAGGAAUUUCAUAGAUAUACUCCAGAGUUUAGUGAAAUAGCUGUAAAAUAGGUAACCCGCUGCUCUUAUUUAAUAGGGUGCAUUCACAAGUAUUCUGUCUUUGCCAUUUCAGAGAGCUUUUAUUUAGUUGUAAUUCUAACACAUUCAUUUUAUUGUGUGCACAUAUACAAAUUUUGUAAAUGCCCCUGAUGGUGGCUCAUCAUCCCUCUAAAGCAUGUCAUGUCUCUCAUUUCCGUUUAGCUGUAUAGUUAAAAAGAAUACAGUUUUGCUGAUUAGCUGUUUGGUGUAGAAAGAGACUGAAAGCAGGAUCCUGCCUCCAGCUUCCUGAACAACCAGUUGCUGGAUCUGAGAGGGGGACUGCAUGAACAGCAUCUAAAUACAUGCACCGUUUCCCAGGUAGGCAAGGGAUUCACAGGUGGAAGCCACUUUCUGCAUCGGGGUAUUUAGCAAGCACUGAAAUCUACAAAAAUAGGCAUCGUUUUUUUAAAAAUUAAAAACCCACUUCAGCAGGCAGGGAAAAUAGUAGAUCAGUGUAAUAUUUUGCUGCCAAAUUCCACACACACCCUUCCCCCCCCGCCCCGCUUCCUUUUCAUAGAGUAAUUAAACCUUUUCUGACUCUUCAAACAGUGCUGUUCAGGCACAUCUGAUACUCACAUCCUUUGACUUGCAUAGUGUUUUUGGUAAAGUUUGUACUUUAACUAAUUUUUAAAAAAAUGUAGUGAUCAAACCAUGUGUUUAAUUUAAAAGCUGCUCUCUGUUCAAAGGUUUGACUGGAAAUCAGUUCAUGAAAACAACAUAGGAAACAAUACAGAACAGGAAUGCAGGAAAGUUCGCUCCAAAGUACAAAGGGGAAGCCUCAUAGCCCAUUAGAAUUUUUCAUAAAGUUUAGAAGUAAAACACAGUGGUUCGCUGUUUUAUAUAGAACUGUGUAUGACCAUAGACAAUAUAGAUGAGACACACAUAUUUGGAUUCUUCUUACGAGCCUAAAACUGUUUCACCAACUGAAAAGUAGUCUUUUACAAAAAAACAUUGCUACAUUUUUAAUAUUGUAUCAUAUGUUUAGCUUGUAAUAUUUUUGCAUUGAUCAUUUAUUGAGUAUCAGACCUUUUUUGUAAACUCAGUCAAUGAGCAAAAAUAUUCUUGACAUCUCCCAGCAAAACCCAUUAACAGGGCUCUUGAAUCCAAGUGCUCUGUUUUUAGCUUGAAACUUCACAAAAAGGAUAAUGUCUUCAGAAAAACUGCUUUUAAAAAAAAUGUUAUUUAAAGUGGAAUGUUUUAUGAUUGUGUAUAUGGAUGUGAAGUAAAAUUAUUAGCCUUAACUUUAAAACCUUUGUAUUUCCUGGUGUUCAUUUUGGUACUGGUGAAUUAGUCACCAGUCAGUUUAAAAAAAGAGAGGGAAGAUAAGACACUUGUUUGGAAAUUCUACUUGAAAUACAACUGCAUGCUGCUGAACUAGAAUUUUGAUUUCUCCCGUAACUUUUUGAAAACCUGCUUUAUUAAACUUACUUGGAAAAACAUCAGGUCCAAACUAGAAUGGAAUGUGUGUGUGUGUGUGUGUGUGUGCGCAUGCGUGGUGCUGCUGCUCUUCCUCCAACUUACUGGUGUGGUAUCUUGUAUGAAUGAUCAUUUAAGUACAGUACAUUACUGUAGAAAUAGAAUCAAUCUCUGACACAUCAAAAAUGCAAAACUAGAAAUAUGGUACUCAGCUUUGUAAAAUAUGUUAAUAAAAAUCUACUGUCAUUA